AUGCGGCUCCUGCUGCUCCUGGCCCCGCUGGGCUGGCUGCUCCUAGCAGAAACGAAGGGUGACGCCAAGCCGGAGGACAACCUUUUGGUCCUCACCGUGGCCACGAAGGAGACCGAGGGGUUCCGACGCUUUAAGCGCUCAGCUCAGUUCUUCAACUACAAGAUCCAGGCGCUGGGGCUGGGGGAGGACUGGCCUGGGGAGGCGAUGUCAGCAGGCGGAGGGCUGAAGGUCCGGCUGCUGAAGAAAGCCCUGGAGAAGCACGCCGACAAGGAGAACCUGGUCAUUCUCUUCACAGACAGCUACGACGUGGUGUUUGCCUCGGGGCCCCGAGAGCUCCUGAAGAAGUUCCGGCAGGCCAGGAGCCAGGUGGUCUUCUCCGCCGAGGAGCUCAUCUACCCGGACCGCAGGCUGGAGGCCAAGUACCCGAUGGUGUCCGACGGGAAGAGGUUCCUGGGCUCUGGAGGCUUCAUCGGUUAUGCCCCCAACCUCAGCAAACUGGUGGCAGAGUGGGAAGGCCAGGACAGCGACAGCGACCAGCUCUUUUACACCAAGAUCUUCUUGGACCCAGAGAAGAGGGAACAGAUCAAUAUCACCCUGGACCACCGUUGCCGAAUCUUCCAGAAUCUGGAUGGAGCCUUGGAUGAGGUUGUGCUCAAGUUUGAAAUGGGCCAAGUGAGAGCGAGGAACCUGGCCUACGACACCCUCCCGGUCCUGAUUCAUGGCAACGGGCCCACCAAGCUGCAGCUGAACUACUUGGGCAAUUACAUCCCGCGCUUCUGGACCUUCGAGACGGGGUGCGCCGUGUGUGAUGAGGGCCUGCGCAGCCUCAAGGGCAUUGGGGAUGAAGCCCUGCCCACCGUCCUGGUCGGUGUGUUCAUCGAGCAGCCCACUCCAUUCCUGUCCCUGUUCUUCCAGCGGCUCCUGCGCCUCCACUACCCCCGAAAACGGUUGAGGCUUUUCAUUCACAACCAUGAGCAGCACCACAAGGCUCAGGUGGAGCAGUUCCUGGCAGAGCACGGCGACGAGUACCAGUCUGUGAAACUGGUGGGCCCCGAGGUGCGGGUGGCCAACGCAGAUGCCAGGAACAUGGGCGCGGACCUGUGCCGGCAGGACCGUGGCUGCACCUACUACUUCAGCGUGGAUGCCGACGUGGCUCUGACUGAGCCCAAAACCCUGCGGCUGCUGAUCGAGCAGAACAAGAAUGUUAUCACCCCAUUGAUGACCCGCCACGGGAGGCUGUGGUCGAACUUCUGGGGGGCACUGAGUGCAGACGGCUACUACGCCCGCUCCGAGGACUACGUGGACAUCGUGCAGGGACGGCGUGUGGGUGUCUGGAAUGUACCCUACAUCUCAAACAUCUACCUGAUCAAGGGAAGCACCCUGCGGGCUGAGCUGCAGGAGACAGACCUGUUCCACCACAGCAAGCUGGACCCUGACAUGGCCUUCUGUGCCAAUAUCCGGCAGCAGGAUGUGUUCAUGUUCCUGACCAACCGGCACUCCUUCGGCCACCUGCUCUCCCUGGACAGCUACCAGACCACCCACCUCCACAACGACCUCUGGGAGGUGUUCAGCAACCCCGAGGACUGGAAGGAGAAAUACAUCCACGAGAACUACACCAAGGCCUUGGCGGGGAAGAUGGUGGAGAUGCCUUGCCCGGACGUCUACUGGUUCCCCAUCUUCACGGAGACAGCCUGUGAUGAGCUGGUGGAGGAGAUGGAGCACUACGGCCAGUGGUCUCUGGGAGAUAACAAGGACAACCGCAUCCAGGGUGGCUACGAAAACGUGCCAACCAUUGACAUCCACAUGAACCAGAUCAACUUUGAGCGGGAGUGGCACAAGUUCCUGGUGGAGUACAUCGCCCCCAUGACGGAGAAACUCUACCCGGGCUACUACACCAGGGCCCAAUUCGACCUGGCCUUUGUCGUCCGCUACAAGCCCGAUGAGCAGCCCUCGCUGGUGCCACACCACGACGCCUCCACCUUCACCAUCAACAUUGCCCUGAACCGGGUUGGAGUGGAUUAUGAGGGCGGGGGCUGUCGGUUCCUGCGCUACAACUGCUCCAUCCGAGCCCCACGGAAGGGCUGGACCCUGAUGCACCCCGGGCGACUCACGCACUACCACGAGGGGCUCCCCACCACCAAAGGCACCCGCUACAUCGCAGUCUCCUUCGUCGAUCCCUAA